CAACGCUCAUUAAUGUGUCCUUCUCCACCGGCUCACGCGCCACAUUUGAAAGAAAUGCGAAACGCAUCAGGUCACUCAUAGCCUUUGUCUAAUAGGUGUACAACGCGCUUUCAACAGCUUCGAGCUGAUAAUGAUUGAUGAAUCGUACCUGGGGCACCGCAUAGCCUCCAACGCCACUAUAAAGUGAGACGCGUCUCGCGCUCUCUCAUCAUACGCCUCACUCUGCCGCUACCACCAUCACUAUCACCACCAUGGACCUCCUCGUUAGCGGCUCUUUCGGCCUCUCUAAUGCUACCUUCAUCGACGCGGCGACGCACGAGCCGCGCUUUCGCACCUCCUCCAAGGGCAUGCAAUGGGGCAACCACUGGGACACGACGCUCUACGCUAUUCCCACUGGUACACCGAACGCAUCGCGCUACGUCGCGGAUGAUAUAUCGGAAGAUACGCUCGUCGCUGAAGAGGACCCCGCGAAGUUCGCCGAGCUGGAGAUCAUCGGCACCCUGCAUCUGGCGACAUACUACACCGACUCUGGCCAUACUCUGAUCGUCAACAGUCGGGAUAUUACGCCCAAGCGCGUGCAUAUGCUUACGACCGGGGAAACCUUCGUCGCUUCCAACGGCCGGGAGUACAAGUGCAAGAUAGAAUCGACGCUGGGAGGAGAUAGCAAGUUUUACGACAGAGAGACGAAGCAGGUCGUCGCAGAGUACAUCUCGCGCAGGCGGCUGUCGCGCAAGCCUGGCCAGCUUCAUGUCACUGAGGAUGGUCUACCUAUUCUGAAUGAGAUCAUCGCUACUCUAGUGUACAAAAUACGUCGUUGGAACAAUGGGUGGUGAUAGAGGCGUAUAUCGCCUUGCUCCCAAAUCAUCCUACCCUCUUUGAGGUAGCCCUGUUGCAUCCUACUUGUCGUGUACGCGUGUUGUAAGAGAUAAGGCGUUGUAGUAUCUGUGCUUUACAAAUGGUACGGCUAGGGGCCCUGACGUCGCCGCAGCCGGU